GGGAAUUCUAACACCUGACAGAAGUUAUUUAUUGGCCUCUGUUGCUGCCGCGCAGUCAAUUUCUGAGGCAGCGUUGGUCCGACCAGUCACCUUCCUUUUCAUAUAUCACUCGCGGAGUCAUCCAUACCAAACCCGAGGAUGUCUGGUCUUCUGGGAUGUUUUACAGUCAUAUCUCUGCUAUUGCACGUUGUUUCUGCAGAGAAAACUGAUCCAGAGAAUUUGAAAAUUACUCAAGUUGUAAGAGUUGGUGAUUUGGUAACAAGGAUAGCUGUUGACAAACCUGUAGGACCAAGAGCUGAGGUGCUUAUCAUUUUUGUUAUUGACGAGGUCGAAUAUUCUUCCACUGGAACACGAUACAAUGACUCCAAUUAUGUGUUUGAAUGCAGUUUUUCAUUCAGUCUCAUGUGCUGUGACAAAAGUAUCAGUAUCCUCUUUUUAGCAAAAGAAGGAGACUUGGUUUUGUUUAUAGGAGAAGCUUUGCUGCAAUUUAAGUAUAUGGACGAAAGAGCAGUUGCUGUUGUUGGUGCCAGUGAGAUGGAGAAGGGAGCUUUUCUUCGGGUUAGCUGUGGCACGCUGAAACAGAUUGAAAUUGAAGGGAAAUACUGCUUUGAUUAUAACAGUCCUUGUUAUAUUAAGAAAAGUGGAACUGGACCUGAAACCAAGUGGUGCACUCAAAUUGAGAAUGAAAGGGGAAGUGAUAAUGAAACAGUAGCUCAAUGUACUUUUGGAGUUGCGCCCUUUAAAGAGAUUCCUUCGGAGUUUGGUGCAGCUUUUGUCCUCAUAGAUAGUUCAACCUUGUAUUUAACCUACAAACUGGAUGAACCUUUGAUUGAGGUCCUGGCUGUGGAUCCCAAUGACGGCAGCUUGUUGUCCAAUAAUACUGAUCACCGGUGUAAAAGGUUGAACAGUAAUUUUUACAACUGCACUGUGAAUGUUGAUAUUCCAGAACAUAAGAACUCUGUAAACUUCAUUGUUGUUGUUCUGACAGCUGAAGGCUAUACAGAGUCCUCUAGCACAUAUUCAUAUGAAAGUUUCCAACUUCAGGUAGAAUAUUUGAUGGAUGGAGCUGUAUAUCUUAGCUGGACAGUAGAACAACCAGGGAAAUAUGAUGUUUUUGUUACUAAGGGAUACAACUUUCAUGAUGUAAAGUUCCACCAGGCAGUCUUGUGUGAAAAUGGGAUAACAGGCAGUGGGAUGAUUAUCUGCCAUGCUUACUUUAUCCAUUUAGAAAAUGGCGAUGUGGUUGCUGUUCAGCGGAGGGGGAGUCCUGAUGUUAUGGCUGUUUAUAUAUCCUUUCCAGAUAACAGAGUCUGAGCAUUGUUGAGUACUAGUACUUGUAAAUUGCUUUACUUAUUAGCAAAGCUUCUGAGUUGUAUUGUUUGGCAGUUUUUAGCAUACCUUAAAUUGUGGAUAUUGCUGCAAGGUACAGUAAUUUAGUUAUUUUAAAGAAAUUUAACAUACAGUGGUCUCCCCCCCCCAACUAUUUGCGGGGGAUGCGUACCAGAUUCCCCCGCAAAUUAGAACCCAUGAAUAGUUGGAACCCCUAUAAAAAUGCUUAAGAUGGCCUACAUAUUUUGUUAGUUAAAACUUAAGAAAAACCCUCUAAAAAUUUUAUACCUGGUUUUUUAAAGUUUUAUCACAAAAAGUGCAUUUUAUGAUGAAAUUGAUAAAAAACAGGAAUUUGUGUAUUUCUCAUAGAAAAAUACAGCAAACAGACGAAUUUCCAGCAAAUAAUGGGGGGAUAUGUUCCAGGGAGAAAUCCGUGAAUGUGUAAGUCCGCGAGUCCGGAGAACGCAAAUAUGGGGGCCCACUGUAUACUAUUAUCUGUAUUUUAUUAUUCAUUAAUUUUAUAUUAUCAUGUCAUUUAUGACCAUCUUUGGUAUUGGAAACUUGUUACAUUGCAAGUACUGUUAUCUGUAUUUUAUUAUUCAUUAAUUUUACAUUAUCAUGUCAUUUAUUAACAUCUUUUGUACUGGAAACUUUUAUUUGUUACAUCGUACAUUUAAGUUUUGAAAUUUGCAUCAUAAAAUUU